UAAAAAGAAGCAGAUAAGCCCCUUUCAACCCCAAUUCCUUUCAAUCUUCUCUUUUUCCGCCAUGGAAAUAGCUCUCCUUUCAUUCCCUUCAUUCAAACCCCCGCCUUCCCAAACCCUAUCCCUUAAACCCACCGCCCCGUUCCUCCGAUCCUCCAAACCCACAUUCCUUUCCUCCAAACCACCGUCAUGCCCUUCCAUCAGAGCCGCCAUUUCCCGGACAAAGAAAGAAGAAACAGUCGAAACGGUCAAAUCCCAGUUAGAGAACUGCUACCUCUUGGCUGCCGUGGAAUACAAGGGCUUCACCGUCAAACAAUUCCAAGAUUUGCGUCAAUCGCUUCCCGAGUCAUCGAAACUACUCGUCGCUAAGAACACUCUGGUCUUGAAAGCCAUCGAAGGGACUCCUUGGGAGGCAUUGAAGCCGUGUAUGAAAGGGAUGAACGCUUGGCUCUUCGUUCACACCGAAGAAAUCCCGGACGCACUUAAACCUUACAGGACGUUCCAGAAGGAGAAGAAAGUUGAAAAUGACUUCACGGGGGCUGUUUUCGAAGGGCAAUUUUAUGGGCCGGACGAUUUUAAACAGCUUGAAAGUAUGCCUACCAGAGCUGAGAUUUACGCUAAGCUUUUGGGGAGUUUGCAGAGUCCUGCAAUUGGACUUGUUGGGACACUUCAAGUUCCUGCGAGAGAUGUUGUUAUGGUUUUAAAGGCUUAUGUGAAGAAGCUUGAAGAGGAAAGUGGGGGAAAUUAAUGAAGAUUGCUUUGUAAGUGUAAUUGAAGAAAAA